ACGUCAGGAAACUUUCGGGGCGGCCGUGGCCGGAGCGGGCGCCGGGAGCGGCGCGGAGCGGCGGCGGGACGGCUCCUCCAUCCCCGGACGGCUCCUCCAUCCCCGGCAGAUACCUUCGAGGUGAGAUGUAAGACACGUGGAGAGGAGGGAACCACUAGAUCAGGUUAAAGUGGGGAGGAAAAAACCAAACCCAGAAGCAUCAUUGACUGGAUAGAUUUUCCACCAUGAAUCGUGCUUUUAGCAGGAAGAAAGACAAAACAUGGAUGCACACUCCUGAAGCCUUAUCAAAGCAUUAUAUUCCCUAUAAUGCAAAGUUUCUGGGCAGUACAGAAGUGGAGCAGCCCAAAGGCACUGAAGUUGUAAGAGAUGCUGUUAGAAAAUUAAAGUUUGCAAGACAUAUCAAGAAAUCUGAAGGCCAAAAGACGCCCAAAGUUGAGUUACAAAUCUCAAUCUAUGGUGUAAAAAUUCUAGAUCCCAAAACAAAGGAGGUCCAGCACAACUGUCAGCUCCACAGGAUAUCUUUUUGUGCUGAUGACAAAACUGACAAGAGAAUAUUUACUUUCAUAUGCAAAGACUCAGAAUCCAAUAAGCAUCUGUGCUAUGUGUUUGACAGUGAAAAGUGUGCAGAAGAGAUAACUUUAACAAUUGGUCAAGCCUUUGACUUAGCUUACAGGAAAUUUCUGGAAUCUGGAGGAAAAGAUGUUGAAACAAGGAAGCAAAUUGCAGGUUUACAGAAAAGAAUCCAAGAAUUAGAAACCGAAAAUGCAGAACUGAAAAAUAAAGUUCAAGAUUUGGAAAACCAGUUAAGAAUAACACAAGUACACGCRUCUCCACUGCUGCACAUAAAGUGYGAUAAUGAUGAACAUAUGUUUCAAAGACCCUCUACUUUUUUCUGGUGUAACAAUGAGGAUUCACCUCCUUGUUUAGAUAUCUCUUCCAUUACGCUUACUCCUAGGAGUUCUCCUGACUCUAGACUACCACCUGGAUUGUUAAUUCCACCACCUUCAAAAAGUGGUCUUCCAAAGCCUGCCAGUGAAUACAGCUGCCCACGACCUCGUGCAGGCAGUGUGACACCUAAAUCACCCUCCACUGACAUCUUUGAUAUGGUUCCCUUUUCUCCCAUAUCCCCUCAGUCAUCAACACCUACUCGCAAUGGUACACAGCCUCCUCCAGUACCCAGUAGAUCUACAGAGAUCAAGAGAGACCUUUUUGGAGCAGAACCUUUUGACCCUUUUAGCUGUGGAGCAGGAGAUUUCCCUCCAGACAUUCAGUCCAAACUAGAUGAGAUGCAGGAGGGGUUCAAAAUGGGAUUAACUCUUGAAGGCACAGUGUUUUGUCUUGACCCACUGGACAGCAGGUGCUGAUGCCGAGAARGUCAAUGUGAAAUUCCUCCACAGUGGGUUUUUUUUAAUUUCUGAACACGUACUCACAGAUACUAUCCAUGUGCCAAAAAUUGCUUUUUUCAACAUGUAAACUCUUGUGAGGCUUGCUUCUGUAAAAAUCCAACUUAGUUCCAGGCUUUCCCUGUACAAAUGUAAAAAGUUGUAUUUGUUUAUGAAUUAUGAAUUAAACUACGCUGUUGUGGUUUUUUUCUCUCACAUUUUGCCCGAGUUUACUAUGCUUUAUGACAAUUAGCUUGGAGAAAUUCUUCAGAAAGGUCACACAUACCUCUCUCUCUCUCUCUCUUUGCAAAUGUGCAGGCAUGAUUUUUACAUAAUACUUUACCUGACAGCAUUUUGAAAUUAUGCUUUUAAGGCAUUAUUCAAUAUUCAAGCAGCAAAAUUAUUAAUAUUGACUACAAAAUUUUCAAUUUGCAGUGAAAAAGCAUAAAAUACUAACCAUUACUGUAUGCUUCAAAAGUAAGUAUGGAUGCAGUGCAAUUGAUUUCCAUUACUGUGUGGUUACUAUGCUGUACAAAUGUUGYCAUUAGUUUAUAAAAUCCAGAUUUUAAGUCCUUAAUUCAUGCUUAGAAACUAACGAGUUGUUAGUCUGCUAAUUAGUGCUUAAUGAGCCUAGAAGAACUGCUAAAUUGCAGAAUGAACAAAAUAACUGCCCUUUGUUYUGAGAUUCUGUGGGUGAAAUGUAAGGUAUGUACCUUGGAAUCCAUUACAUGCUAGCCAUAACUUAAAAGGAAGAUUAUGGCCUUGAUUUCCUUAGGAAUUUAUGUAAUUCUGUGUAUAAGCAGCUCUGGGCUCAGUUCUGUAAUCACUGUCACACCCGAGGGUUUACAGCCAGGCUCUGUUGAGUGUUAUUUUUUUACUCUCUGCUUUAGUGUUCCACAUGUUUAAUUUUGAGUUUUCUGCAAAGAAUCCACUCUAAGUUGGUGAGUUCUUCAUACCCACUGUUGUUCAUGUUACAGAAAUACCUGCACACCAAAACUCUCAGCUGCUGGUGAGAUGAAUGCUGACAUGUCUAUGCAUACUCUUCAUUAAUCUUUAUCAUAAGCAAUAAAAURCCAUCUUAAAUUUAUCUCAGAAAAUUAUUAUCAUUAGUUUAAUUCUAAAACUUUCAAACCUCAAGUAUUUUCCCCUCAAAACAUACAGAUGUGGAAAACCCCCCAAAAAACGUUCAGAUUGUUUUCCAAUUUUUUUUCUUGAGAGGUUUUUUAUUUGUGACACUUACAGUUUUGUCCUUAACAGUCACAGUUUACACCAAAAACACAAUUUUCAAUUUUAUCACAUGUUUAUUUUUCUGCCUUGUUCAACAAAGUACUUGUACCUUUGGAAUCCAUAAAAGAAUGGAAUUAUUCCUGUGCUGGGUUUGAUACA